GUCAAGUUUAUUGAACUAAUUGUUUUAAAUGGAUACUCUUUUUUCCAUAGGAGUGUAGAGAAGCAAGAUAAAAGCAUUUUCAUGGGAUUGUUGAUAACUCUGAGUGCUCUCUUUGGUUACAUUCCUGGACCGAUCGUUUAUGGAAAACUCCUUGAUAGUGCGUGUUUAGUCGCAGGCAAAACUUGUGGAGGAGCUGGGAACUGCUGGCUUUACGACAACAAACGUUUAGGAUUUCGUCUUACAGCAACGACCGCAG